AUGUUCACCCGAGCCAUCGCGGCCGUUGCCGCCCUCUUGGUCACAUCCGCUUCGGCUGCCAACUCCAAACGCGGCCUCGUCUUCACUCCCAACUCUACAUUUCCGCAUGACGCCUACAUUUGGACCGCCCCUCCAACAUCGCUGACAUGGUACUAUAACUAUAAAGCGCUCCCUUCGCAAAUAUACUCGAAUGUGUCCCAGGCAGACUUCGAGUUUGUUCCCAUGCUCUGGGGCGCCCCCUCCGACAUCAACGACAAGUCCUUCUACAACACCAUCAAGUCCUUGAUCGACGAGGGCGGUGUCAACAUCACAAACAUCCUAACCUUCAACGAGCCUGACGGACCGGGAGAAUAUGGAGGGAGCGAGAUUAACCCCGACGUGGCCGCCCAGGUGUGGGUGAACAACAUUGUGCCGUUGCAGGAGGACUACAAGGCGUUGAGAAUUGGGUUGCCGGCUUGCACAGGUGCUCCCGCGGGGAUGGAGUGGUCCAAGAAGUUUUUGGAGGCUUGUUCUGAUCUCAUCAGCGGGGAUGGGAAGACCAAGAAGAACUGUACCUUUGACUUUGUCCCCAUUCAUUGGUAUGGCAAUUUCGAGGGGUUGGCCAGUCAUAUGGGGGAGUACUCUGCCGCUUUCCCAAACAAGUCCAUGUGGGUCACCGAGUACAACCUCGCCGAUGCCAACCUGCAAGAGACCCAAGCCUUCUACAAGACGUCGGCCGAAUACUUUGACCGACUGGACUUUGUUGAAAGAUACUCCCUGUUCGGUGCCUUCCGCUCCGAUGUGUCCAAUGUUGGCCCUAAUGCUGCCAUGUUGAACAAGGACGGCGAACUGACUGAUAUCGGGGCUUGGUAUCUUGGGAGACAGGCGACUGGAGUUGACCCGAACAGUGGUAAGGGCGGUAAGGAUUCGGGUGCGUUGAGGAUGUCGACUCCAGGCCUUUUGACUCUGCUAUUCGCCUCCGUACUUGGAUUGGUGAAUUUUGCUUAA